CAAAAUGAGCGUCCAAUUGAAAUACAUAAUCUCCCAUGCAAAAAAGUUGAAAACAUGAAUCAAAGGAAAAUGAGACGAGGAAGGUGGGGGUGCCGGAUGUAUCGGACCGGAGAAAUGGGCCAGAUACGGUGCAGAACUGCAGAUGCAGGCCGUCAAAUAAUGAGUUUCGAAAGCGAUAAUGGUCCCACCCACCCAUCCACCCGCACGCCCAGGAGGUGGACCUACCAAUCAUCACUGUCCCUGUUCUCUUCCAGCGGCGCGGGGGAUAGCUCGCCGGAGUCCGGAGUCGCCGCUGCCAGUCCACAGCCCCACCGUCUGCUUCACCUCGCCCGUCAUGUCUGCUGCCGCAGCAGCUGCAGCUGCCGCUCGGUGCGUCCCUCUCCGGGUGUCCUCGCCGGAGACCGCGAAGUCCGCCGCUUCCAUUCCCACCUCCUCGGCCGCCUCUGCGUCUGCUCCCCUCCGCGCCGCCGUCGCCGCGGGACCCGGCCGCCGGCUUCCGGCGCCGCCGUUCCGGUGCUCCUCAUCGUCGCCGGAGAACUCUGCCCCGCGCGAUCUUGGAUUGCUUCUGGAGGUGGAAGGAGUUCUUGCAGAUGUCUACCGUUUUGGCAAUCGCCAAGCUUUCAAUGUAGCAUUUCGAAGCCUCGGACUAGAUUGUGCAAAUUGGACAGAGCCAAUAUAUGCUGAUUUGGUGAGGAAAGCUUGUGGUGAUGAGGAAAGGAUGCUGGCAUUAUUCUUUGACAGGAUUGGCUGGCCUACAUCUUUGCCAACUAGUGAGAAAGGAUCAUUUAUAAAAAGUGUUCUUCGUGAGAAGCUGAAAGCUUUGGAAGAGUUCUCAGCUUCUGAUAGCUUACCACUACGGCCUGGAGUGGAAAAGUUCAUUGACGAUGCACUUGGUGAAGGUGUUCCUUUGGCCAUAUUGGCUGCAUAUGGGAGAAAUGGAGAAAAGAUUUCAAGAUCUAUAGCUAUGAAGUUAGGUCCCGAAAGAAUCUCAAAAAUAAAGAUUGUUGGAAACGUUGAGGUUGAAGAAAGCUUUUAUGGGCAACUUGUUCUUGGUAAAGGAGUCACAUCCGGUUUGGAUGAGCAACUUGUCAGGGAAGCCCAGAAGGCUGCUUCUGCAGAGAAGCAGAGGAUUGCAGAAAAGGUUGCAUCGAUCCUAAAACUUAGUGUUGACAUCACAGCAUCCGAAAGCUCUGACAAGGUAAUAGCUGCUCUCCGAGCUGGUUCAGAAUACGUUGGGUGCGACGUGCAAAGCUGCAUCCUUGUUGCGGGCAGCCAAUCUGGUGUCCUUGCAGCCGAACGCAUUGGCAUGCCAUGCAUAGUUGUUCGAAGCAGCUUUACCGCAAGAGCCGAAUUUCACUCCGCGAAGGCCGUUAUGGAUGGAUUCGGCGACACAGACUUGACCGUUUCGAAACUGCUGAGCAAAAAGUGGUUUUGAUUGUCUGUCACCUGUGGAAACGAAGGGUUGGAUUGGAGGCUGUUGUGAUUUAUGAACCUGUAAAUGAUUCAGUGCUAACCGGAGCAAACCUUUGUAUAAACAAGAGGUGUUGCUGAUUAAAGUUAAUGAGUAACAAACUGAAAGAAUAAAUUCAGGUGGCGCCAUCGUGUGCUUCUGGUUAUCAGUAAUCUGCCUCUAUCAAGUGCCAUGCAUGUUUUGAUGUGGAGACAAUGAAAUAAAUAGGUCAUUAUAGC